GAUUGGGCAAAGCAGUCAUUGAAAGAGAGGCUGUUGAAGAAUCAUGACGAAGCACUUGGAGAUCAUCAAUUUGUCAUUUUUGCUGGAACAUGAAAGGGAGACAAUAUUGGGAGUAUUGAAGAGAGAUGAGUAUCUGAAAAAAGUUGAAGAUAAAAGGAUAAGGAAAUUGAAAAAUGAGCUUCUGGAAGCGCGAAGGAAAGGUGGAAACCGUCAUUGUCAACAGGAGAACAGCAGGAUCUGUGUUCGCUGUCAGAAAGGCCUGGGCUUAAUCUUUGACAGAGGAGACGUGUGCCAAACCUGCAGACUUCGAGUUUGCAAUAAGUGCCGUGUCAUGGGAACUGAUGGGCAGUGGAAGUGCUCGGUGUGUGCCAAGAUUGCACAGCUACGGAUAGUGACAGGAGAAUGGUUUUUUGAAGAGAGAGCAAAGCGCUUCAAACCAUCAAAUCUUGGAACCGAUGUUGUCAGACAGUCUAUCCUACGCAAAUUCCCAGAUACAGUUUCCAGUAAGGAUGAAGGAAGAACACUUAAAGAUCAACCCCAAGAGAUUGAAGAAAAAAGGCCAGAUGUUUCAGUCCCCUCCACGAAUGGGCAUAAAUCAGUCUUCUGCGGACCUAGAAAGAUAGGGAAGGUAAUUAGGGCGGCUACCAAAGGAGAAAUUAGAAAUGCAAAAGAUGAAGGUGAAAGGAACACAAGCUUAGAAGCUGAAACCCAAAGUCUGCGCAGUGGCAAGUCGACACCGUGCUCUGAGAGAGGGAGCACUCUUUCGCUGAACAGCAGCAACACAGAGGCCACCGUGGGCCAUCUGAAAGGGGCCGUGGGUCCUGUGAACAGAGGCAAUGCUUCCGUACCUUCCCUCCCGAGGUCUCCGGCACUGAGCACACGCAGCAUGACCGCGGAUUAUGGCAGGGACACUGUCUUAGAAAACGGCAUGAUUAUUCCAGCGAGUGAAAGUGUACCUGAAGAUUUAGUGAAGAGGCACUGUAGGAAAGCAUCUGGAACACCUUCCAUUGCAGUUUCUAGGGUAUCUUUGUCUUCAGAUCGUAGCCGAUCUGAGAUAGAUUUGAGUGAAUCUUUCUCUGAAGGCAACGAGGAUACUCUGAGCAUAAGAAGUAAAUCUGUACCUAGUGCCUUAGAUCAGGAACUGGAUUAUCUGGAUGAAACAGAAGAAGAUAUUGAUGACAUAGUGGCCUCUCGUUAUUCAAGGAAACACGGACGUUUGACAAGUGGAUUAUCAACAAACUCCCCAGAAGGCUCUGACAGAAAAUGGACGUAUUUAAAUGUGCCUGAAACAGACGGUGAUACUACUAGCAUUAACAGCAUGCUGAGUGUAUAUAGUGAAACUGGUGACUAUGGCAACGUGAAGGUCAGUGGCGAAAUCCUUCUCAACAUCAACUACAGCUACAAAACAGGUGCCCUCAACAUCCUGGUAAAAAGUUGCAGAAACCUGGCCGUUGCAGAUGAGAAGAAGCAAAGGACCGAUCCAUACGUCAAAGCGUACCUUCUGCCUGAUACAUCCCGCCAAAGUAAACGCAAGACCAAAAUUAAAAGUAACAGCACCAAUCCCGAAUUUAAUGAAACGCUGAAGUAUGUCAUCAGUCACACACAGCUAGAAACCAGGACCCUGCAGCUCACUGUCUGGCACUACGACAGAUUUGGACACAACAGCUUCCUUGGGGAGGUGGAAAUUCCAUUUGAUUCCUGGAACUUUGAAAAUCAGAGGGAUGAGUGGUUUGUGCUCCAGCCCAAGGUGGAGGUUGUGACAGAUGUUGGACUUCAGUAUAAAGGAGAACUGACAGUUGUUUUACGUUACAUUCCCCCAGACAGAAACCUAAUGCUUCCUCUGGGGCAGUUUCAAGGAAAGAAGAGCUUUAAAAAGGGAAAAAAGGGAGACUCUCACAUGCCAUAUGGAGGUAUAUUAGAAGUCCUCAUCAAAGAAGCGAAGAAUUUAACAGCGGUGAAAUCAGGAGGCACUUCUGACACCUUUGUGAAAGGAUACCUUCUCCCAGAUGACAGCAAAGCUACAAAACACAAAACUCCCAUAAUAAAAAAGAGCGUGAACCCCCAAUGGAAUCACACCUUUGCUUUCAGUGGCUUGAAUUCAAGGGAUAUACGUAACGUCUGCCUAGAACUGACUGUGUGGGACAAGGAGUCCCUCUCCAGUAAUAUUUUUUUGGGAGGUGUCCGUUUGAAUGUUGGAAAUGGUGUGAGUAAUGGCAAGGAGGUUGACUGGAUGGACUCUCAGGGGGAAGAGCAGCACCUCUGGCAGAAGAUGAUUGACAGUCCUGGAGCUCCUGUGGAGGGGAUAUUAAUGCUGAGAUCCAGCAUGGGAAAACGCAGACUCUAAAAGACUUUUAACGACUGAGGGGUACCAUGGGUACUCCUGACUUCAGUGAU